AUGGAAAGUGGAAAAAUUCCAGACAAUAAAAUAACAGCUACAUCUGAACUAAGUGCUGCCAAGAAUGGUCGACUGAACUACACAUCAGGAUCAUCAUGGUGUGCAAGACCAAGUGACGCUAACCCAUAUCUACAGAUUGAUCUACAGACACUUUAUAUCAUCUGUGCUGUGUCCACUCAAGGGAAUUCUCAAGCAGAUCAUUGGGUCAAGAAUUAUACACUUCAAUUCUCCAAUGAUGGGACAACUUGGAUGGUCUACAGAGAAGGUGGAAAAAUUAAGGUAACAUGUCAAAGACCAUGUCAUUUUACUAUUAUUGACAUUUAGUGUUGUAUGCAUAAUAAUAUUCAAAUUCAAUUGCCUCUUUCUUUGCCAUUUCCUCCUGUGAAGACACAUUCCCGGUAAGAUCUGGCUGGGAACGUUAAUUUGUUAAUGACUUUAACUGUUCAGAAACAAUCAAUGAAGAAAAUUGUCGAGGCUGUUUCUCUUGUCACUUAACGUAGAGGAAAAAUGGAGGGAAAAACUUUUUUCUCCUUGAUUCUUAGGAUCUCUGAUUGAAAAUUAGAAGCGAUGUCAAAACUAAAUGUCUCUAUGUUUCCAAAAGGCUAAAAUGAAAACACUAAUUGAGGUGUAAUUGUGAAAAGAUGAAGGGGGGAACAUAUUACACGUUUGUCUAGAAAUAUAAGUACACCUUUUUGUAUUAAGGUGUUCCCUUUUAAUUGCAGGCCUUUCAGGGGAAUAUUGACAGAGCCUCAGAGGUUAAACAUGUUCUUUAUGAAAGUGUUGAAGCGUACUACCUGCGAAUCUUGCCGAUUGCAUACUAUGGUGCUGUGUGCAUGAGAACGGAAGUGUUUGGUGUUGAGCGAAAACCAGGUUAUUAUACACAAUGUUAUGACACAAGUGGAAAACAUACCUUUUGAAAAUGAUCAUUCAUACUAACUCUAGAGCCAAACUACGAUAGAGAGAUCAUUACAUUGUAUAGAAAAUAUCAUAAUGGAAAAGUAUCCAGUGACGGACAUUAGCGCAGGCUGCCUACAAAUCUGUUCAUCUUAUUCUCUUUGAUCUAAUAACUGUGAGAACUUCAGUCCUUCUAUUUCAAUCUGCAAGGGUACGUUUACAUGUAUGUGCCUUUUCUUGUCUUUCUUGGGUGUAAAUUAACUCUAAAAUUACUUUAUAUUUAACAGGUUUACAUUAAUCUUUGCAAAAUACAUGACAUUAACCAUAUCAACUAUGCUGAUAUCUAUUUAUUUUAUAUCUUUACACAGUGAAUUUUGCCCUCGGGAAGGUCACCCUUCAGUCUUCAACAUAUAACAAUACUCAGCUGGAUGUGUCAGGUGUGUCAGAAAAAGCAGUGGAUGGUAAUUCUGAUACUGAAUUUAGAAAUGGAAGCUGUGCACAUACUCAGUCAAGUAGUUCAAGCUGGUGGAGAGUUGACCUGGGUUCAGAUAAGGUUCCAGUCUCUGACAUAUUCAUAAUCAACAGAUUUUCAACAGUUCCUGAUGUGAUGGCCAGAAGUAAAAAUUAUAACAUUACUUUGGGUGAGCAGUCACUAUACUUUUCAUGAAAUCAAUAUGAGAUAAGCUUAAGAUAAAUGGGUGCAUUAAAAGUAAUAAAACAAAGGCAUUUCCAAUGUGCGAGGUUGGAAAACCGUAGUUAUAUGCUCAGUCUCAACCUAUCUAUGUAGAACUUUGCAUAGAUAGGUUGAGAGGGGUAAAUAUUAUGUAAAUAUUAAAAAUAAAAAUGUUGUAGAAGGAGUUAUUUGUUGCUUUUUCAGUUGUUUUUUUCUAUGUUUCUGUUGCUGCUUAAUAGAGAAAUUUUAACCCCUCAACAUACUUUACAUAUUAAAUCAUUAUAAUUAUUUGCCUCAAACAGUAUUGAUGGAUAUCUAUUCACCUAAACACCUAUAGCUACGUGUACAUGCAUGUAAAAUUUUAUUUCCCUGUGAAAUUGUGUCUUCCGAAAACCCAGUUUAGAGGGGAAAUAGAAGUUCACAUUAUUUAUGAAAUAUAUUAAUACAUUAGUUUGUCAUAUAUUUGCCAUGUACAGUACAUUGAGAUAGACUGUUAUUUUUUAUAACAUCAGGUAAUAACCCAGUAGUAGUAAACAACGCUCAGUGCAGAGGACUCUACAGUUUUGUUAACUUCAAAGCAUCAGCUGUUUGUUUUAUUAACCCACUGAUAACUGGCAGAUAUGUCGGGAUAUCAACAGUAAGGAAAAAAGCUCUUAAUCUCUGUGAGGUGGAAAUCUAUUUGCGAGGUACAUGUCAUUAUACAUAGAGAUUGGUAUUGAGUAGGGAUCUUUGUAGCAAAACUUUAGAAGUUUUUGUAAAAUUGUAGUGACACUGUUAGUUCCAAAUCUUUUUUGACCAUAUUCUUAACGUGACCAGAUGCUGAUUAACAUAAUUGCAUGUCUCAUUUCAGACAAUCUUGCAUUUGGAAAGCAAACAGAUCAAAGUAGUGUAAGCUGUGGUGGUGUAAGUAGCAGGGCAGUUGAUGGUAUCAGUAACACAGACUAUAGCGCUAACAGCUGUACCUACACUGGCAGAGAAUACAACCCUUGGUGGAGAGUUGACUUGGGACAAGUUGAACCAGUUUCAGAAAUAUACCUAGUCAACCAAGAAAACCAGGGGUUUUACAGGCAGAAUAAUUUUGAGAUCAGAGUAGGUAGGGGAAAUCAUUUUUGAAAUUAUAACACCAUACCAUAGUGUCAAAAAUUUCAAGCAAUCACAUCUCAUAAUGUAAGAAGUGUCAAGUUGUCUUCACUCUUUGACUGGUGGGUUUCAUUCAAGUUUAUCUACGCCUAUAUGCAGAGACAUAAAGCAGAAUUUUUUGUCAAAUGUAUCUUGAUAAUUCAUUAUCACAAAGAAUUAUCACUUACCUUCUGCUCCACUCGUGGAAGAUAUGAUGGAAUUAUGGAAGCUGAACUCUGGAUCCAAAGGUCCAGUUUGUGGCCUUGUUUUACAUUGUGCUCCAAUGUUUGAGACUUUACUCUCAUAUUGUCCCUUUAAAGUGAAGAAUGCACAAUUUAAACGAAAGCUGAACAUUAAUCACCUGCCAUAUUGGACUAGUUGCUCUUCUGUUAUGGCUUCAUCGUUUAAACCAUGGCCCACUUGUUGGGCGGAUAAUGCUAUUCAACGGAUAAAUCGUUAACGAGUGGAUAAGUGUUAACAAAAUGUGCUGCACUAUCCACUGGAUAGAUCAGAUUUAUCCGGUGGAUAGCAUUGUCCUACACUCCAGCAUCUUGUGACCUCUCGUUGUGUUACCCACAGGCUUCAUGCAAUACUCUCAUACCAUUGGGUAACGAUAGUAGCUUGGUAAACAAGUUCUUGAUUACUUUUUCGGCCAAAGCCUAAAUUUUUUCAUGAUUCUCUAUAGGGACAGUAUUCAAUAGUAGAGGAAUUGCCAAUCCCAGGUGUGGUGACAGCCAGAGUUACAGCCUUCCAAGAGGAAAAGGUGUAUCAUUUUUCUGUCGUCCUGUUUUAUUUGGAAGAUAUGUGACAAUAAGAAGCUUAAGAACUGACCGUGAACACUUCACACUUUGUGAAGUUGAAGUUUAUUCUGAAAGGAGAGGUAACACACUUUAUGUAAAAUACCUGUAUAUGUUUGAAAACCUCACACUGAUUGAAGCCUUAAGUUAUUGCACAGAGGAGUUAUGCUAAUGUGCACUAGUUCUAUAUUCAUGCUUUACCUUACUAUAGAACCAUCCCAUGCCCUUGCUCCGACAUAUUUAAAAGACAUUUCUCUCUACUAUGCUUUAACUGUGCCUGCAGGUACAAUUUGAUUGAAUCCCAGUAGGCUCAAUCUUACUGCCAUUUUCCUCAAUUUUUUUCUUUCCAUGCAUCUACAAUCAGAGUAUUGAGAAUAUUGAUUCCUUUCAGAGUUAGUGAGAGGAAUUUCUGCUCUAGGUUCAAAUGCAAUUGAAAACUUUUGUGCCAGAAGGUCUCAUUACACUUUACCUUACAAUAAAACCAUGAAUCAUUUAAUGGACAGUUCUCUCUGCCAUGCCUUAACUGUGCCUGCAGGUACAAUUUAAUUGAAUUUUUUUUCAAAACCUUUAUGCUAAGUGGAAAACACUGCUACAAUAUUGAACAUAGAUUAAUGUCAAAUAUGUAUUGAAAGUCUGCUACUAUAGACUCCAAAAAAUAUUUCAAAUCAAUACACCUGAUUACAUAAAUGAAAACCAUCAGAUUAUUAGACAGCUCUGGUAUGAUUUAUUUCAACUGAACCGUACAUAAAUGCAAAUUAGUUUUGUAGUGGCAGGUUUGCUGUCUACUUCUUUGCGUUGUAUGUGUCUGCUUUUAAUUAAUCAGCUCACUUUUUUCUUAUAAUUGAUUGCAGCUUGCCAAAUGCAGGCCAUAGGUGUGGCUAGCAGUGACACACUUCCCAAUGCCAGCUUCUCAGCGUCAACUGAACGUACAAAUCUUGAAGCUUUUAAAGGUCGACUGAAUGCAUUUAGGGGAUGGUCACCCAGCAGAAAUGAUAGACCUGAUGAUUAUCUGCAAAUUGAUCUGCAGUAUGAGUUUCUUAUUUGUGCUGUAGCAACUCAAGGGAGGUCAACUUUUGAUGACUGGACAACUGAGUACAAGUUAAAGCUAUCCUUGGAUGGUUCCACUUUUGUGACCUACAAGGAAGACAAUGUUGACAAGGUUGGUUAAAAAAGGCACAUCUGAGAUUAAAUACAGAACUGUGAAAGAUAUUCUUAGAGUUGUACUAAAGGGUGAUUUCAAGAGCUACGUGUGUGUGGGAGUUUAAGUCUCAAACUCUGAACCCUGGAGAAAGUUUGUGGGAUGGUGGUUGUGUUCUUAGACUUAAAUAGAAGGUCACAAUCUUAAAAUGCAUUACCCUUCAUCAUGUGCUGAGAUUUAAAUAGAAAUGAGCAUCUAUCAUAAGUGGACAUUCAUGCAUGUCUCUAAAAGCAAGGAACUUAAACGUAUAUGUUAUGGGUUAUAGUAGCAUCCUGAGUAAGAGCAAUAUGUAUGCAGAAUACCAAGUUUUCUGUCAUAUAUGCAUAAUGUAAAUUGAAUUAACUGACCUCAUAAAGCAGGAAAAAGAGAACACAUCUGGACUUAAAGUUGUCUAAAGCACUGACUGGCUCAGCUAGUAACUGAGGGAUGUAAUACUGACAAUUGUUCCAGAGUCUGCCAUGGCCAACAGUGAUAAAAUUGAUCUACAAUUAAAUCAUGAACUCAUAUUUUAAUGAUUUGUUUUAGACUUUCAGUGGCAAUUCCGGAAGACAUGACAUUGUUAAACACAAUCUCAGAGAUGUGAGGGCAAGGUUCAUCCGUUUCCAGCCUGUCAAGUUUGUUAGAAACAAAGCUUUGAGAGUAGAGGUGUAUGGAGUUCUUGUAUCUAGAGGUAUAUUAUGUUUAAUUUAAUAUCAUCAAGUUUUCACAUUGAGCAAUUUUAAAGGCUGGCAUAAUGGUUAACUUAUUAUAUAGCCUCUUUGUUCAUUGGAUGUAGUUUAUUUACACUCCCUGUAGGCAAACGUCAUGUACAAGUGUUUACAUGUAUGUCGGUCAAAUUAGGAAGUGGCAUUUUCCACAAAAAUGGUCUUAACCUACAGCUUUAUGGCUCCCAGUCAUGGAGCUGGAUAUGUACCUAUGGUAAUGUUGGUGGUUGUCUGGUUGUCUAAAGGGGUCUACAAAUGAGAAACUGAUCUGUUUAAGUCCAUUUUGGGAUAAUUUCUUCUCCCAUUUACGUAAUUAAGUUCAUAUAUGCACUCCCAACAGUUCCUAAGACCCUACAAAUUAAUAUUUUUCAAAAAAACUGUGCAAGACUUUUCACUAACUGGAAGAGUAAGGCUGGGUUUAAUUUGCUCUCUUAAAUACCAUAUGAAUUGACUUUUAUGUGCAAAAGAAUGAAGAAUAUUGGUAGCGUUGUUAUCAUUAUUAUUAUCAUUAUUAUUGAUAUUAUAAUCAAUAUUAUUAUUGCUAUUAUUCAACUAUCAUUCUGUCUUAAUUUCAGUCCCCUCAAAAGCACCCAGUGAAUUGAUUUUAUCUGCAAUCUCUUCUACAAGUAUCACUGCAUCCUGGCAGUUACCUCCUGCAUAUUCCAGACAUGGAAUCAUUGCAGGGUUCAAAUUGUUCUAUAAAAAGAAACGGUUUAUCGGGUCCAUACAUGUGAAAACUAUCAAUGAUGGAAGGACCUUUUUAGGAGUAAUUAAUGGUCUGGAUAAGUACACAGAAUAUGAAUUUCAAGUGUUGGCGUUCACGUCUCAUGGUGAUGGACCAAAGAGUUCAGUUGUGGUGGAGAGAACAAUGGAAGAUGGUGAGAAACUUGAUUGUUUGUAACAGUUGCAAUUCCACUUUUGGCUGGUUUUCAAGAGCCUAUCAUUUUAAAGUUGGCUUGAUAUGAACGAAGGUGCAGUAAUGUAUUUGACUGUGUAUAUAUGUUGAAAUCCUAACAAAUAUAUAUUAAAAAGUUUAAUCCCUAGAAUCUGAUUAAUAUAUAAUAAUAUUAAUAAUAUUUAAUAAUAUCUGUUAAUAUCCCAGAA